AUGAUGGUGAAGAGCAGGAAGACCCCAAUGGGACAGCAUGAGCAUUGUAAUAAGUGUCACAAUGUUCAUUGUCAAGUCCCAGUGCAGAUCUCUGUCUCCUGCAUGGUUGUUAAGUGCCGUAAAAACUGUGGUGCCGUUUUGCAUAAGUGCAAGGAAGAGGAGCACCUGCUUCUCUGUCCCAAUGAGAAGGUCCACUGCCUCAAUGCUGACUAUGGAUGUCCCUUCACCAUGCUCCGCCACAGGCUUGCCAAGCACCUGGAGGUCUGUCCUGCCAGUGUGGUCAACUGCUCUCAGGACUGGAACCGAUGGCCUAUCUCAGACACUGACCUGGACUUCUACAGAAAUGUGUCAGGAGCCUCACAGAUUCAAGAACACUUAGAUGUCGCGAUGGCUCUCAGGGACCAAGAGCUGCUAUUCAGGUCCAUCAAAAUGAAGAACAUUUUUCCUGAACUGAUGGAGGUAAUCGAGGAACCUGCUCUUCAAGAUAUGGCUGUUGCGGGCACCGGUCUCGCAGAUGGAGCUGCCGGUUCUUUUGAUUGUGGUGAAUUUACAGAAAAUGGCUGCAUGAGGUUGGUGGAAAAUGAGCUGAGUCAAGAGGAAAGGGAUGCUUUGGCCAAGAACAGGAACUUAGAGAGUAUUCAGAAUUACAGUUCCUGGGAGGGAAUAUUCAGGAAGGAGAUGGAGGCAUGCAAGCAGACUGUCAAAAGCCUGGAUAAACAAGCAGGUUCCUCUGGUGUGAAGGAAGAGCAAGCAUCAUCAAAUAGUCACAGAGAGAUGAGAGACCCACACCAGUUUCAGGAGAAUGCUGCAACUGCAAGUAUGAACGGUGCAACUGGUCUUGCACCAUGGCAUGAUGGGGUCAUGGAGAGAGUAGGCAAGGAGUUAAACAUUGGCGAAUAUAACAUGUAUUUGGUGCACAAUGGGGCAAUGUUAAUUAAUUUUGGCCAACUUGCUGCUUGCACCCCAAGAGAGAAGGAUUUUGUUUAUGGUAAUCUGGAGCCCAUUGAGGUUCAAACUAUCCGAUCAUUCAACGUUCCCACCAGCUACCGGGCAAAACGACAUCACCUGAAGGACCCCACAAGAAAAAUCAAAAGUAUACACCAAAGUGUUGACACUGCAGACUUAGGUGUGUCAGCUGAGGAUCUUCCAAAGAGUGAUGAGGUGAAUGCAACAUUGUUAUGCUGUUUAGAAAAGGAACUGAAAGGGCAUCUGAUCUCGGAGAGCGUGGGAACGGAUGGCCUCUACAUAGAUGUAGGGACGCAGACCUAUAACUUUGCCUCUGCUCCGUUCAAGACCGAUGCAACACUUUCUGACAUCAUAGGAGACAAAUCCUGCAAUCUCCAUGUACAUAUUCAAGCAGAAUCUGUCACCAGAAGACACAAUAAAACAAGUUCGGCUUUCAAUUACAGCUGUGGCCACUUCUUUCGCCGUGAUGAGUACCACUCUCACUUUAAGAAUGUGCAUUCAGACAUACAGGCAUGUCUGAAUGGCUGGUUUGAAGAACGGUGCCCUUUAGCUUACCUGGGAUGCACCUUUAGCCAGACAAGAUUCCAACCCGCUGGUCACCAAGCUACAAUCAAAUACUGCCGAGAUCUCAGCACCUUUGCCCUCCAGCCAAUGGUGCCUUCAUCCCUUUUUGAAGCUGCGAGAGCCUUCAGCCCUCAGCAAAAUGGUGCACGUAAUCUAGAUCCCCUGAGCAGACUGCCCUUUGAGAUCCUUCGGCACAUUGCUGGUUACCUUGACAGUUUUACAUUAUCCCAGCUAUCCCAGGUCUCCCAUUUGAUGAGAGAGGUGUGUGGCACAUUGCUACAGGAGAGAGGGAUGGUCUCUCUCAAGUGGGAGAAAAAGACAUAUUCCCAUGGGGGAACCUCCUGGAAAUGUCGAAAGAAAGUAUGGGAGUUCAGCUGUCUGUUUUCCACUGUGGACAGAUGGAGCUUCCGCAACGCCCCCUCCAUGUCAGAGCACCUGAAAGCCUGCUCUUUCUACCAGAGAGAAGAACACAGCGAGCCGGUGGCUUUGCCUUGCUUAAGAGAGGCCACAGAGAAUGGAACAGUAAAGCAGAACAGAUAAAGCCCAUGGUCUUAUAGCUCAGUGGGCAGACUGCAACACUGACAGCAUCAUGGUAGGAGCCACAGGGAUGAGACUUGUAUGCACCCAUAGCCGUGUAAAGCAGAUAAAGCCUCAGCACAAAAUAGUUAUUAUAUGUGUGACAAAUUCACUUUGACAUAAACAGCAGUUUGUGUGUGCUUUGAUUUGAUUUAAUUCGAUUUAAUGAGUGAGUUACUGAGUGAUUUGCUCAGCUUGUAUUUAACCUGUAAUGUCACUUGUGAAUGAAAUCUCUUUGGUAUCACUUCUUGUUAACAGUCCACUGUUGACUCUUAACAGUGUAUCAGCAGAUGUAUAAACAAUUUGUCUUCUGACUGCCAAAAAAAAUUAUUUUGACAGACUAUCUGGUAUUUUUAGUUGACUCUCAGCAACUGUUCGACAGACUAUCUAAUCUAUGUCAACUCCCCAUUAGUUGAUUGUCAGUUGCAUUUGCUCAAAUCAUUAUCAGAGACUUGGUAAACUUUUUACAUGCAUAAAAGAGAUCAAUUAGGCUUAGGCAUGCAAAGCAAUUUGGUCAAAGUUAGAGUUAUGAACAGUAACAAAUGAGUCCAUUUAUAGGAAUGUGUUUCUCCUUAGCUGGUAGUUAAUUUGUUGAAGCCUAUUUAAAUUAUGCACUUAUUGGUCUAUAUAUUUGUGAAGUUCUGAGAGAGUGUUGAUGAGAUAAGAUACAGAUGAUGAAAUAUUAAUAAUCCCUAGAGAGAAAUUUGGUAUUUACAAAUGAAUUGAUUGCCAUGUUUGAGGGAAAACAAGGUCAUUAUAAUUACCAAUAUGAACUCAUUUUCUUUGUGUUAUAUAUAACAUGCAUAUCUCUGUGUUUUCCAACAUAUAGUUGGUUGUUGUGGUAACAAAAAGUGUUUUAAUGUACUACAAUAACAUACCCAUUAGAAGAAAUGUUGCUGAUAUACAUUGUUUCUCGUUUUCAAAAUACCACUGCUGACAUCUAUUGGAGAAAAAAUGAAGUGCCUGAGUGCUGACUAUUAACC